UGAAGGAACAGAAAAUCCUGAUUGUCUUUGUGGGAGGGAUAACGCCAUGAGGUUGCCCAUAGAGUUGGAGCUUACUCUUUGAUUGCAAAUACACGAAUUUGGGCUUUGUUGUAGGUAUACCACACUCUCGUACAGAGCUCCAGAGAUGGUGAACCUCUACAGCGGCAAACUGAUCACCACAAAAGCGGAUAUCUGGGCCUUGGGCUGUUUGCUCUACAAACUCUGCUAUUUUACUCUGCCAUUUGGAGAGAGCCAAGUGGCCAUUUGCGACGGCAACUUCACCAUUCCUGACAACUCACGCUACACCCAGGAGAUGCACUGCCUAAUCAGGUAUAUGCUGGAACCUGAUCCUGACAAGAGGCCAGACAUUUACCAGGUCUCUUACUUUGCAUUCAAGCUGGCCAAGAGGGAAUGUCCUGUCCCCAACACCCAGAAUUCUCCAAUUCCUGCCAAACUUCCAGAGCCUGUGAAAGCUAGCGAAGCUGCUGCUAAGAAAACCCAGCCCAAAGCUAGGCUGACGGAUCCUAUUCCUACAACAGAAACAUCCAUCACGCCACGCCAGAGACCCAAAGCCGGGCAAACGCAACCCAAUCCAGGAAUUCUGCCCAUUCAACCUGCCUUGACUCCCAGGAAGAGGCCUGCGGUCCAGGCCAGCAUCCAGCCACAAGCUCCAGCUCCUCUGGCAGCUGGCCAGUCUCCCCUUCCUGCAGCCAUUCCUCAGCCAAAUUCUCUGCCUCAACCGACCCAGCCCAAGGCCACUGGUGCUGCCCAGCCGGUGGCUGCUGCGGCCACAGCACAAGCCCAGCUCCCUUCAGCCCAGGCCACGCCGCAGCACCAGCUCUUCCUCAAGCAGCCGCAGCCACCGGUCACCGCUCUCUUUUACCAGCAGCCCCCACAGAUGACACCCCUGCAGGUACAACAGGCCAGGAUACCACAGGCUGCCCCGACGUCCGGAAAGCCGCAAUUCCCGGUGGUGCAGCAGGGAGCAGUGGCCGCCACGCUGCCGCCACCACAGCUGUUGGCCCAGCAAGCCGCCAUCCAAGCCAAGAUUGUUGCUGGGCAGCAGAAGCCCCCCGCACAGGUCCUGCAGCAACCGCAGGUGCCGCCUUCAGUUGCGCCGGCAGUGCCCAGCCAGGAACACCCGCAAGCACCUCCAAGACAACAAAAGAUGUCAACCACUCCUCCAUCAGCUAUCCAGGGACAGAAGGUGGGGUCUCUCACACCACCAUCGUCCCCCAAGACUCAGCGAGGUGGCCACCGGCGGAUUCUAAGCGAUGUGACCCACAGCACCGUCUUUGGGGUCCCAGCCAGUAAAUCAACACAACUGCUACAGGCAGCAGCUGCAGAAGCCAGCCUCAAUAAGUCCAAGUAAGUCUGGGGCCAUCAUCUGUUCCUCUUGGGCAGCACGGGUGAGUUGGAGGACACUGAAAUUAAUUUAAUGGGAAGUUUGAGGACUUUAUAAUAGACCUAAAUCCAGGGGAGAACAAAGGAAAUGACAGCAGUUGACCCAGUCCAGAUUCUCUGAAAU